AAGUACUGACGUCAGGGAUUGAAUAAGCAUUAAGCAAAGGAAGGGGUUGCAUUCAAUUUCCUUAAAAACAGGGGAUUUGAGCUCAUGCGGAAUGAGUGGCAGGAAACUCUUGAUUAAUUGUCCCCUUGUCUCUUUGUGUUAAUGACUUAAAAAGUGCUCUUUUAUUUUUAUUUGUCCCGUCCACCGAUUCCGUGGUGCCGUUACGGCAAAGGUGCUCGGAGUGGUCCUGCCCGGUUCGAUCUCUGGUUUGGAAUGGAAUAUUGGUUCACACAAAAUUGAUUGGACUUUAUUUAUAGAUCUGAUUUGAUUACAACUAGUCAUAUUACAACUAGACCAAACAUUUAUCCCUAUCAUCGGCUGACUCUUGACACCCAAAUGUCGAAUAUCUCUGCCAUUCAAAAUCAAGAUCUGCUGAAAUCAACCAACGAUCUCCAUUAUCAUCGUCGGGUAAUUGCUGUCACCCAACCAUCACCAUCAUCGUUUUUUUCGUUGUCGCCAGGCGCUCAGCCAUUCUGCUAAUGAUGACAUCGAGGGGCAACGAGGUAACGAAAUCGACGAGAGAACAACUUUAUGCAUGCCCUUGUUUGAUGGCAUCAAGGAGGGUCGGAUGGUGGUGCGAGGGGAUGCGAUGCUCGUGCAGGAGGCUGGUUGAGCAAACAAAAUCCAUCAUCUCUGUUUAAAUUCAUUUCCUGAGGAUCAAUCGAAGACGAAUUGUUGUAUAUUUUUUUUCGGGUAAUGCCACAUUUGGUUACUGAGAUUACUAAAUCUUGUCAUGUUUAGUCAUUAGAACAAUUUAAUAUCAAUUUUGGUCACUCGAAUUAUUGAAACAUGUCACAUUUAGUCACUCUCCCGUUAGUUUUUCGUCCAACUUCAUUAAUGGAGUUGGACGGAAACUAACGAGAGAGUGACUAAAUAUGACAUGUUUCAGUAAUUCGAGUGACCAGAGUUGGACGAAGGCUAACGAGAGAGUGACUAAAUGUGACAUGUUUCAGUAAUUUGAGUGACCAAAAUUGAUACUAAAAUUUUCUAGUGACUAUUGACUAAACAUGGCACGUAUCAGUAAUCUCAAUGACCAACUGUGGCAUUUACCCAUUGUUUUCCUAAUAGAGUUGUUUUGAGGAUUUUAUUUCAAUUUCUUGUUUUUAGUAGGUAAAAAACUUUUUUCUUUGAUUAUAAAUCUAUCUGGUUGGUUUUUUGUUUUGACAAGUACUCAAGCUUAAAUCAUAAUGUAAAAUAAGGAAAUAGUAAUAACGAAGGAUAAAUUUUUUUUGGAUCAACCAUUAGCUGGUUCAACCGAUUUGGUCUAGUGUUAGUAACCAAUCAAUCAAUGCUGAUUAAGUGCAAAAUAUCUAAACGGUGCCGGCAGGGGUGCCCUUGUGUCAUAUAUAUAAUUAAAAAUUAUUGAAAGUGGGUUAUAAAAUAUAUUUAACAGGCUAAAAUAAAAAAUGAAAAACCAGCAAACUGCCGCGUAUCUUUAUUCAUAGACGGCAACGACAAACAAACAAAACAAAGCCAUAAAUAAAUGUAUUAAUUAAUCAUUAAUUUUUAUAUCAUGCAUUUUUUAUGAAUAUAUAUAUUAUGGAUAUUCUUUUUUCUUUGACGGAAAUUCUUGGAUAUAUGGCGUGGCGACGGAAAAGGAAACUUUUGACUAUUAGUGCUGGAAAAUAAAAUCGCUGGAUCUAACCCUCCCUCCCUGCCCACACAAUACUACGAAAACAAUGCCGGCCGAGCAUGCCAACAAGAGAAAGAAAAGAAGCCACUUGGAAACUUCCGUCGUCGCCGGCCACGGCGUCGACGGAACCAGCAGCAGCAGCCGAGAUGCAGCAAUUGAUCCAUUCACGAAGCUUCCGGAUGAACUAGCGGUGGAGAUUCUCUCCCGGCUGGGGACGAUGAACCAAGUGGCGAAAUGCAGCAGCCUCGUGUGCAGGCGGUGGCGGAACCUGUGGCGAUCGAUCGACGGCGGGAUUCUGGAUUUCAGCAGCUACGACGACCACCACGAUCGGCGGCCCUUGAGGAAGGGAGCCUACACCGAACCGGAACAACAGCUCCGCUUCGCGAACCGGGUGGACCAAGCGGUUAGUUCGAUUCUUCUCCACCACUGCUGCAAAAAUCUCGACCUGGACGCUUUCAUUAUAGGGUUUGAUUUGUAUGAAUUGGAGGAGGAAGCAUGGAGGUGGGUCGAAUUCGGAUUGAGCAAGAGGGUCAAACAGCUGAGCCUGUUGAACUUCUUCUCCUGGCAUCUCCGGAAUUGGGUCUCGUUGCCCCAAUUGACCCCUGAGUUCCUCGGCAAGCAGGACCUCAGCCGCCUGCAGGUUCUUGAACUCGAGGGAGUGUCGAAGAUCCCGCGAGGAGCAUUGGAUCACAUCUUCUCCAAUUGCUCGUCCUUGCAGCGAUUGGUUCUCCGCGAUUGCAGAUUCUUGUGCCCCGAAGGGGAGCUGGUGAUCAGGGUUUGUUGCCCUGGGAACAACCUCCAGAGCUUGAGCUUGGAGUAUGGAGAAACGCUGUACAAUGUGACCAAGAUCGAGCUCGUCUCUGCUCCGGGUCUCCAGUCGUUCCGGUUCGUUGGUCGAAUCAACCCCAAAGUGGUCGAAUUCGUGGGCGAGCUUCCUCAACUUCGGGAGGCACGGUUUGGUGGGAGAGGGAUUUGUGAACCGCCACACUACCUCCCCUGGUCUCGAUCACAGUUCAGCAAGUUUGCACCUCAACUGGAGCGUCUCGAGAUUGAUCUCGGGAUUUGUCACUUCAUCCCACAUCUGGCUCCUCCCCCAGAAUGGCUGAUGUUUGAGAACCUCACCGUGUUGGAUUUGUUCAUAUACUCUGAGCUCUUUAGCCCGAACAGUUUCUUGGAUGCCACUGUCCUGCUGAGGGCUGCUCCGUUGCUGCACAGAUUGUCGAUAUGGUUCAUGCGGGUAGCAAGACCGCUAGGGCAAUGGAAGUGGCGAGACUUGGCUGCGGUAUCGACGUGGAAGCAUCACUCUCUCCAAGUGCUUCACCUGCACGGUGUGCAUCCUGGAGAGGACAUCCACGUUGUUGGUGGCAGUGCUCGCAAAAUCCAGCUCGAACUCGCUGCUUACAUUAUCAUGAACGCGCCUUCCUUGAACCGUGUACUCAUUGACACCCGCCCCCACCAGCAGAAUAUAGUCCACGCCGAGCAACAAGAAGAUGAAGAAGAAGAAUCCAGGCUGCCACAUCAGGUCGAUGCUGAUGUCUCUGGAGCUAGGAUGGAGUUGGAAACCCAUCUACAAUCCCACUCUGCCAGCCCCCAUAUUCACUUCACUUAUCUAUGACAGAUAAAUUGUCAUCAUAUCGAUACGAGGUGAAGAAGAAUUAGAAGAAGGGUUAUGGUUUUCCGUCGUGUAAAUGAAAUCUUUACUGCCAUGUGAAUGAAUGUAUACCACGAAUCAAAUACAUUUAGAGAUUUUAGUCCAUUGUUAGAGGAUUCAAAGGGAGCAGAAAGGUUUUGCGUUUUGUUUGCAUACAGGCAGAGAGGAGUGCUGUUGUCGAGUGGACAGUGCUCUUUCUGUGAUUGACUAUACCAUCUCAUACCUUUUUACCUUACAUUAAUGGAAAUUGAUCCAUUGUUUUCUUUUACUUCCUUGUGAUCCCGUAACCACAUUCAUUCCUUACUCAUAGCUGCAGGGAGGGAUGUUGCAAGGAGGGUUCUCCAGGAGGUGAGAUUCUCUCCUUUUUUCUCCUGAUUAAGGAGUUGAAUAACAAUUCAUUAUCCCGCGUCAUAGAUUAUGGCAUGAUGAUUUGUGACCAUCAGUUCACGUCAUGAGUAUUCUGACAGUUCUCAUCGCGAUCUCUGUUUCUUUCGGCAGGAGGUAACGCGUGUGCGAUCCAUGGAAAUUGCUGCAACCUAGACCCUGCUUUGCUUACAGCUGAGUACCUAGAGCAAUUGACUUGAUGCUGGCUGCGCAGUUCCACAAACAUUGUUUUCGAAUCCCACUUGUGGCAAAGAUUCGGCUGAGUUCUCUUCUCUUCCUGGGAUACUGCAGGACUCUACGGAGGAGGUUGUACAACAUAGUUUAGUUCUUAUUAUUUUUCCUUUUUCUUCCUUUUUUCAUUUAAAAUGAUUGAGAAAUUCAAAAUUUGUUCUCGUAGUGAUUAUUGGUUAGAUUGAUUGUUACUAGUAGUCGAUUGCUGUUCAAUCUGAAAUUGGAUAGAUGAGGAUUAUUGUCAAUAGAAUGUGGAAGUUUAG